UGAAAAAACAAAAAAAAAAAGUCAACACUCGCACGAGGCGACAAAGCAAAAUUAAAUAUAUAUCAGUUAAUUGAAACAAAAAGGCAAAACAGCAUGGCGGAAACAGAGCCAGAGGUUGAGGUCAAUGGCACCGAGGUCGAGGAGGAUGGCCAGGACGAGGACAUCAAGCAAAAGAAGCAAACGCGUCACGACGGCGGCGCCGCCGACCUGGAACGCGUGACAGACUACGCCGAGGAGAAGGAAAUUUCAGCCGCAAAUAUAUCGAGCGCCGUGGAACAGUUCGGCAAUCAGCGCAGCAAAGAAAACGAGCUGCGCGUGGCCAAGGAGAAGGAGCUGCAAAAGGUGCAGGUGAAGAAGGAGGACAUCGAACUGAUCAUGAACGAGCUGCUCGUGAGCAAGGCCCAGGCCGAGAAGGUGCUGCGGGAGCAGAGCGGCGACGUCGUGGCCGCCCUGGAGGCCAUCAUCAGCAAUUGAGACGCCGGCUGACCCGGCUGGACCCAGCCUGGACACGACUAAAGGUCGCCGCCGUCUGUUUCUUUUACUUAGCAUAACAAUGCUUUAUUUGUACAUUUAUAACUAGUAAAGAAAAACAAAAGGAA